AUGGUGCUGGAAGGCAUGGAACUGAUUGCAAUUACUGUAGUCAUUGGCCUGUUUUUUGUAGUGUUCAAGCAGUUUGGUGUCUGGGAGCCCUUGACAUUAGAUGAGAGUAGCGACUGUGAAUUGGAGCUUUCUACUGUUCGUCACCAGCCUGAAGGCUUGGAACAGCUCCAGGUCCAGACCCAGUUCACCAAGAAGGAGUUGCAGUCACUCUACAGAGGCUUUAAAAACGAGUGUCCCAGCGGGCUGGUGGAUGAGGAGACUUUCAAGAACAUCUACUCACAGUUCUUCCCCCAGGGAGAUGCCACCACAUAUGCACAUUUCCUGUUCAACGCAUUUGACAUGGACAGAAAUGGCUCUAUCCGUUUCGAGGACUUUGUGAUUGGACUAUCUGUACUGCUCAGAGGUUCAGAAACAGAGAAACUCCGGUGGGCCUUCAAUCUGUAUGAUAUCAACAAGGAUGGCUACAUCACCAAGGAGGAGAUGUUGGCCAUAAUGACGUCCAUUUAUGACAUGAUGGGCAGGUAUACCUCUCCCAGUGUACGAGAUAUUGAUCCAUCGGAGCAUGUGGACAAGUUCUUUCAGAAAAUGGAUCGGAACAGAGACGGGGUGGUGACCAUUGAUGAGUUCAUAGAGACUUGUCAGAAGGAUGAAAAUAUCAUGGCCUCCAUGCAGCUCUUUGAGAACGUCAUCUAGGUCUAGGAACGGAAGGAGAACAUGGAUAGAAGUAUAAGUCCUGAUGACCUUUUAUUGCUUCCGAUACCAGACCCUUACAAGCCCCUCUACACUUUAACCCCUCACCGUUUGAUAAUAGAAAAAUAUUCACACACAUCGAGAUGAGGACAGUAAACAUUUGGCAGGGGGCAUAGGGAAAUGACCUUUUAAACGUUUGAUUCCACUACGUACUGUAUAUGGGAAAAUAAUCCCUUCAAUGGUUCUAUUGACAGUAGAGGUCGACCGAUUAUGAUUUUUCAACGCCGAUGCCGAUUAUUGGAGGACCAAAAAAGCUGAUACUGAUUAAUCGGACGAUUUUUUAAAACUUAUUUGUAAUAAUGACAAUUACAACAAUACUGAAUGAACACUUAUUUUAACUUAAUAUUACCCAAGCAGAGCAAGGGGAACAACUACUCCAAAUCUCAGAGCGAGUGAUGUUUGAAACGCUAUUAGCGCGCAACCUGCUAACUAGCUAGCCAUUUCACAUCGGUUACACCAGCCUAAUCUUGGGAGUUGAUAGGCUUGAAGUCAUAAACAGCUGCUGGCAAACGCACGAAAGUGCUGUUUGAAUGAAUGCUUAUGAGCCUGCUGGUGCCUACCAUCGCUCAGUCAGACUGCUCUAUCAAAUCAUAGACUUAGUUUUAACAUGAUAACACAGAAAUACGAGACUUCGGUCAUUAAUAUGGUCAAAUCCGGAAACUAUCAUCUCGAAAACAAGACGUUUAUUCUUUCAGUGAAAUACGGACCUGUUCCGUAUUUUAUCUAAUGGGUGGCAUCCAUAAGUCUAAAUAUUCCUGUUACAUUGCACAACCUUCAAUGUUAUGUCAUAAUUACGUAAAAUUCUGGCAAAUUAGUUCGCAACGAGCCAGGCAGCCCAAACUGUUGCAUAUACCCUGACUCUGCGUGCAAUGAACGCAAGAGAAGUGACACAAUUUCACCUGUAUAAUAUUGCCUGCUAACCUGGAUUUCUUUUAGCUAAACAUAAAGGUUUAAAAAUAUAUACUUCUGAGUAUUGAUUUUAAGAAAGGCAUUGAUGUUUAUGGUUAGGUACAGUCGUGCAACGAUUGUGCUUUUUUCGCAAAUGCGCUUUUGUUAAAACAUCCCUUGUUUGGCGAAGUUGGCUGUCUUUGUUAGGAAGAAAUAGUCUUCACACAGUUCGCAACGAGCCAGGCGGCCAAAACUGCUGCAUAUACCCUGACUCUGUUGCAAGAGAAGUGACACAUUUUCCCUAGUUAAAAUAAAUUAAUGUUAGCAGGCAAUAUUAACUAAAUAUGCAGGUUUAAAAAUAUAUACUUGUGUAUUGAUUUUAAGAAAGGCAUUGAUGUUUAUGGUUAGGUACACAUUGGAGCAACGACAGUCCUUUUUCGCAAAUGCGCACCGCAUCGAUUAUAUGCAACACAGGACACACUAGAUAAACUAGUACUAUCAUCAACCAUGUAGUAAACUAGUGAUUAUGAUUGAUUGAUUGACUGUUUUUUAUCAAAUAAGUUUAAUGCUAGCUAGCAACUUACCUUGGCUUCUUACUGCAUUCGCGUAACAGGCAGGCUCCUCAUGGAGUGCAAUGUGAGGCUGGUGGUUAGAGAAUUGGACUAGUUAACUGUAGGGUUGCAAGAUUGAAUCCCUGAGCUGACAAGGUAAAAAUCUGUCAUUCUUUAUUUGUAUUUUUAUUUGAUUUAUUUCACCUUUAUUUAACCAGGUAGGCUAGUUGAGAACAAUUUCUCAUUUAUAAUUGCGACCUGGCCAAGAAAAAGCAAAGCAGUUCGACACAUACAACAACAGAGUUACACAUGGAGUAAAACAAACAUACAGUCAAUAAUACAGUAGAAAAAUAUGUCUAUAUACGAUGUGAGCAAAUGAGGUGAGAUAAGGGAGGUAAAGGCAAAAAAAAGGCCAUGGUGGCAAAGUAAAUACAAUAUAGCAAGUAAAACACUGGAAUGGUAGAUUUGCUGUGAAAGAAUGUGCAAAGUAGAAAUAAAAAUAAUGGGGUGCAAAGGAGCAAAAUAAAUAAAUAGAGUGAGGGAGAAGUGUUUCCAGUUUCAGAGAUUUUUGUAGUUCGUUCCAGUCAUUGGCAGCAGAGAACUGGAAGGAGAGGCACCCAAAGGAAGAAUUGGUUUUGGGGAUGACCAGAGAGAUAUACCUGCUGUAGCGUGUGCUACAGGUGGGUGCUGCUAUGGUGACCAGCGAGCUGAGAUAAGGGGGGACUUUACCUAGCAGGUUCUUUUUAGAUGGCCUGGAGCCAGUGGGUUUGGCGACGAGUAUGAAGCGAGGGCCAGCCAACGACAGCAUACAGGUCGCAGUGGUGGGUAGUAUAUGGGGCUUUGGUGACAAAACAGAUGGCACUGUGAUAGACUGCAUCCAAUUUAUUGAGUAGGGUAUUGGAGGCUAUUUUGUAAAUGACAUCGCCGAAGUCGAGGAUCGGUAGGAUGGUCGGUUUUACGAGGGUAUGUUUGGCAGCAUGAGUGAAGGAUGCUUUGUUGCGAAAUAGGAAGCCAAUUCUAGAUUUAACUUUGGAUUGGAGAUGUGUGAUGUGAGUCUGGAGGGAGAGUUUACAGUCUAACCAGACACCUAGGUAUUUGUAGUUGUCCACAUAUUCUAAGUCAGAACCGUCCAGAGUAGUGAUGCUGGACGGUCGGGCAGGUGCAGGCAGCGAUCGGUUGAAGAGCAUGCAUUUAGUUGUACUUGUAUUUAAGAGCAGUUAGAGGCCAUGGAAGGAGAGUUGUAUGGCAUUGAAGCUCGUCUGGAGGGUUGUUAACACAGUAUCCAAAGAAGGGCCAGAAGUAUACAGAAUGGUGUCGUCUGCGUAGAGGUGGAUCAGAGACUCACCACCAGCAAGAGCUACAUCAUUGAUGAGAAGAGAGUCGUCCCAAGAAUUGAACCCUGUGGCACCCCCAUAGAGACUGCCAGAGGCGCGGACAACAGGCCCUCCGAUUUGACACACUGAACUCUAUCAGAGAAGUAGUUGGUGAACCAGGCGAGGCAAUAAUUUGAGAAACCAAGGCUAUCAAGUCUGCCGAUGAGGAUGUGGUGAUUGACAGAGUCAAAAGCCUUGGCCAGGUCAAUGAAUGCGGCUGCACAGUAUUGUUUCUUAUCGAUGGCGGUUAAGAUAUCGUUUAGGACCUUGAGCGUGGCUGAGGUGCACCCAUGACCAGCUCUGAAACCAGAUUGCAUAGUGGAGAAGGUGCAGUGGGAUUCGAAAUGGUCAGUAAUCUGUUUGUUGACUUGACUUUUGAAGACCUUAGAAAGGCAGGGUAGGAUAGAUAUAGGUCUGUAGCAGUUUGGGUCUAGAGUGUCCCCCCCCUUUGAAGAGAGGGAUGACCGCAGCUGCUUUCCAAUCUUUGGGAAUCUCAGACGACACGAAAGAGAGGUUGAACAGGCUAGUACUAGGGCUUGCAACAAUUUUGGCAGAUCAUUUUAGAAAGAGAGGGUCCAGAUUGUCUAGCCCGGCUGAUUUGUAGGGGUCCAGAUUUUGCAACUCUUUCAGAGCAUCAGCUGACUGGAUUUGGGAGAACGAGAAAUGGGGAAGGCUUGGGCGAGUUGCUGUGGGGGGUACAGUGCAGUUGACCGGGGUAGGGGUAGCCAGGUGGAAAGUAUGGCCAGGCGUUGAAAAAUGCUUAUUGAAAUGUUCAAUUAUCGUGGAUUUAUCGGUGGUGACAGAGUUUCCAAAUCCUCAGUGCCGUGGGCAGCUGGGAGGAGGUGUUCUUGUUCUCCGUGGACUUUACAGUGUCCCAGAACUUUUUUGACUUUUUGUUGCAGGAAGCAAAUUUCUGCUUGAUAAAGCUAGCCUUGGCUUUUCUAACUGCCUGUGUGUAUUGGUUUCUAACUUCCCUGAAAAGUUGCAUAUCACGGGGGCUAUUCAAUGCUAAUGCAGAACGCCAUAGGAUGUUUUUGUGUUGGUUAAGUGCAGUCAGGUCUGGAGAGAACCAAGCGCUAUAUCUGUUCCUGUUUCUAAAUUUCUUGAAUGGGGCAUGCUUAUUUAAGAUGGUGAGGAAGGCAUUUUUUUUGGUAACCAGGCACCCUCUACUGACGGGUUGAGGUCAAUAUCCUUCCAGGAUACCCGGGCCAGGUCGAUUAGAUAGGCCUGCUCGCUGAAGUGUUUCAGGGAGCGUUUGACAGUGAUGAGUGGAGGUCGCUUUACCGCUGACCCAUUACGGAUGCAGGCAAUGAGGCAGUGAUCGCUGAGAUCUUGGUUGAAAACAGCAGAGGUGUAUUUAGAGGGCAAGUUGGUUAGGAUGAUAUCUAGGAUGUGGUCUAUAGCAGGCGGCAACGGUGAGAGACUUGUUUCUAGAGAGUUGGAUUUUUAAAAGUAGAAGAUCAAAUUGUUUGGCUACAGACCUGGAUAGUAGGACAGAACUCUACAGGCUCUCUCUGCAGUAGAUUGCAACACCACCCCCUUUGGCCGUUCUAUCUUGUCUGAAAAUGUUGUGGUCAGGGAUGGAGAUUUCAGAGUUUUUGGUGGUCUUCCUAAACCAGGAUUCAGACACGGCUAGAACAUCCGGGUUGGCAGAGUGUGCUAAAGCAGUGAAUAAACAGUUAAUCCACCAUUCCUAGGCCGUCAUUGAAAAUAAGAAUGUGUUCUUAACUGACUUCCCUAGUUAAAUAAAGUUGUAAAUAAAUAAAUCGGCCAGAUCGGUGUCCAAAAAUACCGAUUUCCGAUUGUUAUGAAAACUUGAAAUCGGCUCUAAUUAAUCGGCCAUUCCGAUUAAUCGGUCGACCUCUAAUUGACAGUUCUACUUUCCUUACCAUGGACACCCAGGGAAUGACAACAUAAAAAUGGAAAUGUUAGUACAUUGUACAGUACUGCCCAUGCCUGAACAGAUUAUGAUCCUUUGCAUGUUUGCCUGAGACUAGUGUAAGUUCUUGAUAACACAGUGGAAUGCAAAUAUGAAAAUUGUUAUUGAGUAGGCUGAAACCUGAUAGUGUGUGUGUGUGUGUGUGUGUGUGUGUGUGUGUGUGUGUGUGUGUGUGUGUGUGUGUGUGUGUGUGUGUGUGUGUGUGUGUGUGUGUGCGCGUGUGUGUGUGUUUGGGGUCACAAAACUGGAUAACUAGGAUAAGUUGAUAUUCACACAAUAGCUUGGGAAUGUAAAAGCUUUUUACAUUGCACCCCCCACCCACCCGGGUAUAGCUCAUCAGCAUCAUGAUAGGAAGGUGGGAUUUAUUGAUGUUGCCAUAUCAUAUAUCAUGCCGCCAUACGUCCCAGCCGUCCCGGCACCUACAGCCUACAUCAUCACUCAUUGCAUACCCGGAGAGAGAAUGUAUUUUAAAAUGUUGUUGAAUAUCACUUUCAUUCUUGAAUGAAUUUGCACUUUUAAUAUAAAAUGACCUGUACAUUGCAUGACAUUUUUCAAUGGCAUUUUAUGUAAUCUUCCCAAAAAGUAGUUAUUUUCCUGUGGCAGUCAAUGUUUAUGAAUGACCCCCGGGUGUCAUACACACUACCAUUCAAAAGUUUGGGGUCACUUAGAAAUGUCCUUGUUUUUGAAAGAAAAUCAAUUUUGUUGUCCAUUAAAUAACAUCAAAUUGAUCAGAAAUACAGUGUAGACAUUGCUAAUGUUGUAAAUGACUAUUAUAGCUGGAAACUGUAGAUUUUUUAUGGAAUAUCUACAUAGGCGUACAGAUGCCAAUUAUCAGCAACCAUCACUCCUGUGUUCCAAUGGCAGGUUGUGUUAGCUAAUCCAAGUUUAUAAUUUAAAAAAUCUAAUUGAUCAUUAGAAAACCCUUUUGCAAUUAUGUUAGCACAGCUGAAUUUUCUUGUCCUGAUUAAAGAAUCAAUAAAACUGUC